GGAUGCAUUUCACUUCCCCUUCCCACACUUCCUUUCCCCCAACCCCCGUUGGGCUCUGUCAACAGCCUGCGGUUUAAUAGCCGCAAGAGCGUCCUCUGACACCAUGGCGCCUCGAGUCAACAUCCCUCCAGCGACCCGCAUCUGUCUUAUCAGCCUUCUCACCCUCUCCUUGCUGUAUAAUAUCGCCCGAUGGCGGCAACUUGACACCACGCCCGGCGCACCCGCCAUCACCCCGAUUAUACCCUAUUUGACACUCGUUCCUUCACAAUUUCUUUUCUAUCCGUGGACCCUCCUUACUGCGACUUUUGUGGAGCAGAACAUCUUCACCGUGCUUUUGAACGCGGCCACUCUCUUUUAUGGCGGAAAAUACCUGGAGCGCGCAUGGGGAUCCCGGGAGUUUGCGAAGUUCAUCCUAGCCAUCGCCGUCAUCCCGAACGUGGCGAUUGUUCCGCUCUAUAUUCUAGGAGCUGCCCUCAGGAGCAACUCCAGCAGCGGGUACGCCUUGUUCUUUCAUGACGAAUGCACAACAUCUUGCGCUUUCCCUACUGACUCACCGACUUCAAGCCUCACGCAGAUAUGCGGCGGUAUCUCGAUUCAAGCAUCCUUUCUGGUCGCCUUCAAACAACUUGUCCCUGAGCAUACGGUGACUAUCUUCAAAGGCUUGGUCAAAAUGCGGGUGAAGCACUUUCCCGCUCUGUUUUUGUUCCUGAACACGAUCAGCGGGGUUGUCUUUGGCACGCAUGUCGCAGCAAUUCUUGCCUGGCUCGGCCUCUUGACGAGUUGGACCUACCUUCGCUUCUUCAAGCGUCAGCCUGAUCUUACCGGCACAUCGACCGAUGGGCUAGGCAUCAAGGGUGAUGCCAGCGAGACUUUUGCGUUUGCAUGCCUCUUUCCGGACGUGCUUCAGCCACCAAUCGCGUUUCUAUCCGAUCAAGUUUAUGCUCUACUGGUCGCCGUCAGGAUCUGUACACCCUUCUCCGAGGAAGACAUUGCCUCGGGUAAUCAGCAGGUUCUGGCACGGGGCGAGGCAGGUCUUCCCAGUCUUCUUUCUAACCAUCGCAACGGACGGGCCAUGGCGAAGCGGGAAGAAGCGGAGCGCAGACGUGCUUUAGCACUCAAGGCUCUCGACCAGAGGCUUCAAGCAGCAGCAGCAGGAAGAGUGCAGCCAGCGACGUCUGCAGCGAAUCAGCAAGGUUCCAACCAUACUCAGACCCCAACACCCACAGUCUCAGCGGGCCAGAGUAUGUUGGGAGAAACCAGCUAUACCCCCGACCAUGCGUGAAACUGCAGCAACUCUACAAAGCAUGGUUUCAUAGAGUUUGGUCGGUUGUUUGGGAUAUAAUGCAAAGGAACAAUGCAACGUAAAGUGUUUCUGCUGUUUAGCCUUGUCAUAUACCAACCUUGGAUUUUCUUUUGCAAGGAAGUGAGGUCUUCCCAGCAAGUGCAAUUGUGACAUGGGGCGGGGCUUGUUGGCCUUCACUGUACAAAAUGUCUUCUACCUUUUUUCUUUUCCACAAUGAUGAAUGAACAUGAUCACAUACAUAUACACUAGUGCACGGCCUGUGAAGGGAGUUUAGUAGAUCACU